AUGACUUCAUCCAUUUCGCAACCUCAGUCACGCUUACUCCAGCUUCCCGGAGAAAUCCGUAAUGAGAUCUACGACUACCUGGUCGUCCGACAGCGAUACAUACACUUCAAACGACCUACAGCAGAUGCAAAUACUGCGACGCUCCGUGCGUCGAAUGACCAAAACACCCUCAGGAUAGCUUUGGGCCUAGUCCACACCUGCCGGCAGCUCCGCAAAGAAUUCCAACCCCUUCACCUAAAAGACGUCCAUGCAACGGUGAACAUUACCGAUAUCAACGAAUUCAUUGCAGACUUCAUACCGAUACCAGCGACCUGCACGAAUACGCUGUAUAUAAGAAUACCACGGUCCUACUACACGGUUAACCUCAUGCCACUUCUCCGCUUCCAAAACGCAGCUCCAUCUGUUAAGAUUAACCUUCUGGACCCUUAUCGGGCCCCUGAUGUUUUCGACCCUAUGCACGCUGACCGCGACGUAGACCCACACCAUAGCUUCUUUUGCUUUCUCACAGCCGUUCUUAUGGCCCUUGAGAGGACGGCGGCUUGGCGCACGUACUUUCGAGACGCGAUUGUUGACAUCACGGUGGAUCAUGCCGAGCAUUUCUCUUGGACCAUCAAGGUCAAGAAGGAGGCAAAAGAAGACUGGAUGCCUUGGAACGCGGCAACUUCACGAGAGGGCUCGUCCAGGCAACACCUGGCUGCUGCUUCGAUGUGGAAGAUGAGGAUUGGAAUGGGCCAUAUAAUCAUGCCAAACGUUGUCGUAGCCUCUGAUUAG